AUGAAGGAUUUUAGGGAUGUCUUCGAUGAUUGUGAACUACGAGACCUUGGUUAUUUUGGCCCUCCUUUCACUUGGUGUAAUAAAAGAGAACCUGCCUGUAGUAUUAGUGAGAGGUUGGAUAGAGUCCUCUCUAAUCAUAGAUGGGGAUUGUAUUAUCCUAUGGCUCGAGUCCAACAUGGUGUUGCUACAUACUCAGAUCACUUGCCUAUUAUUCUAAGAGCUAAUGAGGUACAUGUGCAAGGAAGAAGUAAGAGACCUUAUAGGUUUGAGGCAAUGUGGGUGGAUUCACCUGAUUGUAAGACUAUUAUAGAGAAUGCCUGGUAUGAGGAACAAGUUGCUGAUGGCUGCAGUGCUGUGAUGAGAAAGAUCAAAGGCUGUGGAGAAAAGCUUACUUCCUGGAACAAGUCUAAGUUUGGGCAUGUGAGGCAAGGUUUACAGAAAGCUAGAUCCAAAUUGAAGUGGUUGCAGUCUAGUGAUCCCUGUUUUCAAAGAAGAGAUGAGCAUAGCAAGGCACGAGCAGCAAUGCAAGUUUGGAUGGAAAGAGAGGAAAUCAUGUGGAGACAAAGAUUGAAAUCCUUAUGGUUGAAAGAAGGGGAUUCAAAUACCAGGUUUUUUCACAAUAAGGCUACUCAGAGAAGGAAGAAAAACUGGAUAGAGGGACUAAGGGGGGAGAAUGGAGAUUGGAAAUUUAAUGAGGAGUGA